AGUAAAUUCUACUUCAGUAUUGAAUCUAUAAGGGAUAGCUGAUAUUUAAGUUUAGUAAAUUGUUGUAAAUAGUAGCAAUUAAAUUAAAAUAUUAACAAUAGAACCCUUUAUAUAAAAAAAUAUUUAGUAUACUUGUCUAUCUGAUGUAAUAUAAUACAUCAGUGUUUUAAAUUCUAAAGAAGUUUCAUUUUAUAUUUAAGCCUCUCAUACUUUUAUAUCGGAUAUUCAUAUUUAUUAAUCAUCAAUAUCAAAAGUUUGCUUUUAAGUAUUAUCGACAAAUUUAGUAAUUACAAAUUUCAAAAUCUAAGAAGUACAACCAUAAUUAGAUGGCACCUUAGUAUAGAGUUAAUAUAUUAAUAACAUGAAAUAUGUAUUUCUAUAGAUUUUUGACUUCUAAAAUUGCACCAUAAAUAACUUAACAUCCUUAAAUAAUUAAAUAACAGUAUUAUCAAUAAAUUAGCAACCUGAUACUGUUAGUAAUUUUAUUAUGAAUUUUUCAAAACUUUCUAGUUAAGAGAUUAAUGAGCCGUUAAUUGAAUUGAAUUUCGUAGAUACGAUUCUUUUUAAUGAAGUUUUAAUGAAUAAUAAUGUGUUAAAGUAAAAUUCCUAAACAUCAAUAGUAUAUGUAAGCUAAUGUAAUCGUAUAACAAUAAAUAAUAGCUAAUUUUAAAAUAACACUAAUUUUAAUGGACUAGGAGGUUCUUUGUAUGUUUUUAACUGUUUGCAUAUUUUAAUAUAGGAUUCAAUAUUUAUAAAAAAUAAAUGCUUGAGAUUAAAUGGUGGAGCUAUUAGUAUUUAGAAUGUUGUUAACAUUGCUUAAGUAUAUAUAUAUAAGUGUUAAUUUAUAUUUAAUUCAGCUAUAUUUUCAACUGGUGGAGCAAUUAACUUAUCAUAUGCAAACUUGAUAAUUGAAAAUUCUAAUGUUACUUCUAAUACUGCGAUUAUAGGAGGCGGGAUCUACUAUGAAUAAGUUAUACCAGAUUUUGUAUUAGAAAAAUCUAAUAAUAAUAUUGAUAAUAAUAAAAAUAAAAUCCUAAAUAAUAAUGCUAAAAUUUUUGGUGAUAAUAUUGGCUCAACUAUUAGGAAAAUUGAUAUAGACUUAUAGAAUAUUAAAAUACCAAGAGAUAGUGUAAAAAUUAUGGGUGAAAGAUAAAUAGAAAUAAGAGAGUUUAAAAGUGGAAAUUAAAUCACUUUUGAAGGUAUAUAAUUACUUGAUGAAGAAAAUAAUCCAAUAAAGAUAUCAAAUAUAAAUAUAACUGAAUUUUAAUUUUACAGCAGUGAUAUCCAAAACUUUGUUUAUUCAUUAUCUGUAUCAUUGAAUUGGGAUUAGUCAAAUAAAAAAAUACAGGUGAUAGGAUAAGUAUAAUCUAGACAAGUAAUUAACAACGGAAUUAAUUUACAAUCUCAGAUUAUGUAUAUGCCUUAAAGUAGAAUGAGUUUAUAAAUAGUUUUAGAUACUUUACCUAAAUUAAUUGACUCUAAAGGGAAUAUUUUUUUCCUUUAAAAUUAGUUUUAAAAAAAUUUUACAAUUGAUUUCACAUCUUGUUCAAUAGGAGAAAUCACGACACAAUAAAUUGAAUCUAUAAUUUGCCAAGAGUGUCCAGAAGGAAAGUAUUCUUUAGAUUAAUAUAGCACUGAUUGUAAAUAGUGUCCAGAUUCUGCUAAAAAAUGCUAUGGUUCUACAAUAAACUUAAUGAAUGGAUAUUGGAGAGAAAAUAAUACAACUGAUAUAAUAGUAUAUUGUAAUUAAAAUCCAGAAUUUUGUUAAGCCGAGUCAUCAGAUUCAAAAUUUAUAUGUUUGCGUGGACACAUAGGCCCACUUUGCUAAUAGUGUGAUUCAUAUGGAGUAAUAUGGGGCAAUAGAUACUCUUAAAUUUUAAGUUCAGAUAUAUGCUAUGAUUGUAAUGAAAGUGUUUUACUUAUCGCUUUUGAGAAUUCUCUAACAUUUUUACUUGUCUUUUUAUAUAUUUUUAUUAUUUUAAUUAAAAUCAUCUAAAAAAUGUAAGUAAAGGUUAUUGGUUAUUUUGUAAACAAGUCAGAAAUCUUAUUUUUAGGAUCAACAUUAAGACAAUCAGAUAAAUCUUAAAUAGUUGCUAAAAUAUUAACUGAUCAUUUUUAAAUACUUUCUUUACUGAGCUCAUUUUAAAUAAAUAUACCUACUUUUUUUAAAUUUCCUGUUCUAUUAUAUGGAAAUUCACUUAGUAUUACAAGCAAAUCUUUUGAUUGCAUUAUAUCCAAAUAUUUAAUUCUACAACCUUUAUGGUUCUAUUAAACCUUAUUCUCACUAGCUCUACCUCUUUUAGUCCUUACUUUUUAUAUUUUAUUUGGAUUGAUUUUUAAACUGAUAAAAAAAGAUAACUUUUUACUGAAUUAUUUAAGAACAGCUUUAAUUUUUACAUAUCUUUACUAUUUCCCUAUGGUAGUUACUCUUUUAAGCAGAUCUAUAAAUUGCAUACAAAUAGGUGAUAAGUAAUAUUUAGAUCUUGACUAUAAUAUUCAUUGUAUGGAUUCUAAAUAUCAUAAACCCUAUAUAAUUUAUUUCUCUCUACCUUUACUAAUAAUUUGGACUUUAGCUAUACCUUUAUUCCUAUUCAGAAAAGUUAGAAAUGGAAAAAAAUAAAAAUGGUCUAUUUUCAAAGAGAUUAAAUAUUCAUUUGUAUUUGCUGGAUUCAAAGAUAAAUUUUAUUAUUGGGAAUUUGGUAAACUAUUUUAUAAGUCACUAUUAAUAUCAAUUUCCAUAUUACUUCAAUAAAAUGAAUAAUUAAAGACAUCAUUGUUGAAUGGCAUUAUUUUAUUGUGGAUUUGUAUAGUCUUUAAAUUAAAACCUUAUAUUGUUAAAGACUUUAACAAUUUAUUAUAGUAAUCAGCCAUUUUAAGCUAGGUUUCAUUGAAUAUAAUAUUUAUCUUAGGCAAUAAGUUAACUAAUUAGCUAUUAUAAAGAACCUUCCUCACUUUAAUUUUGUUCUUUAUUAACUUAUUGUUCAUUUUGUAAUUUGCUAAAGGUUAAUUUUAAACAAGCAUUCCAUUUGACUAAAGUAAAAGAAAUAUAAUUCAUAAUAUUCUCUACUAUCUAAAAGUUAAAUAUCCACGACUUUUAAAAAACAUUUAAAUUGAGAAUAGACUGAAAUUUUAAUCUCUAAUUAAAUUAAAAAAUGUAAAAAAAAAAAUUAAAAUGCUUGUACAAUAUUUUAAAAAUUAUGAUUUUUAUAAUCAAGAAAGUUUUCAAUAGCAUUUCGGUCUAUUAAAAGCUUCAAUAGAUAAUACCACGCAAUUACAAAUUUCAAAAUUUACUUAUUAAAACUUCAACCAAGUUAUUAGUAAAAAUAGUUAAAGUAAUCAAAAUUCAAUAAUCACCUUGUAGAAAAAAUUAUCAUUUUAUACAAGAAAAAUGAAGUAAAGCCCUUUAAGUAAAUUAAAUUAAGUAUAUUAAAAUUCAAAUUAAUUUUUUAAAAUUUAAUAAUAAGUGAAAUAUAAAUUAUAAAAUGUAAUGAAUGAUAAAUCUUAAGAAUAUUCUCUUAAUGCUAGCUAAUUUGAAAAAUUUGAGACAAUGAACAUUAAAGAUGAAAUUGACUCUAUUAAUUUGUGA